AUGCGGGCGACUCCUCCUCCCGGGGUGGGGCGGGAGCCCGCGCCCCACUCCCGGGGUCCCGCGCCCCGGGUCCCGCCGCGCCCCGGCGGCUCCGCCCACCCUCGCGGCCCGGCCCGAGCGGUGUCCGUCCCGCGGGUCCCAGCCGGGCUCCCGCGGGGAGCCGGGGACGGGCUGGCCGGGCGCGCGCAGGGCCGGCGCGCGGACCCCGGGUGGCCUUCUCGGAGGAAGCGCGCUGCGGCCGGGGGCGCGGCGGGGCGCGGGGCGGACACGGAGGCGAACGUCCCGCCCCGGGACCUGGGCGCAGGAGGAGCCCCGGGCCGGGCCGCAACCCGCCCCCCCCAUCCCCGGGGCCGGCGGCCCGAACCGGUCUCGGACCGCCCCGCGCCCCGCGCCCCGCGUUCUGGACUGGGUGCUGCCCCGCCUUCCCUGGGCGCCCACAUCCGGGUCCCCGCUCGGUUCCCCGGGGUCUCCCUGGGGCAGCAGCAGGACCCCCCUCCCCACUGCGGCCUGGCCUCAGCCGGCCACUCCGCGCGCGGACCUCGCGCCGCCCAGGGCCUCCUCCGCGGCCCUCGCCGACCGCAGAUGCCGCGCAGGGCGCUGGUCACCUGUGUGCCCGCUGUGGGGGGCGCCCACGGAACCCGCGUCCCUGCCGAUGUCCACUCGAGGCUUGGAGAAAAGACCCUUCUGCGGGCGGCGGAGGGCCGCAGGGCUCCCACGGGCCGGACCGCGCCCCUCCGCCGGCCCCACCGCGGCCCUCCUCCCGGGGAGGGGGCAGGGCCCGCGAGCGUCCACAUCCUGCCUCGGGGCCGCGGCUCCCAGCGCCGAGGGGUGGACGUGAUAUUUCAAACAUCAGAUCCCCCCGAAACCGAUUGGUGGGCAUCGGCGAGCCACGUGGAGGGGAAGCGCGAGGAGUCCUCGGCGCGGGCCCGAGUGGCUGUGGGUGGGCCGCGAGCGGCGGCUGUUUAUCGGAGACGGUUUACUUUCCGGCGCGAGGUCAACAUAUAA